AUGAUUGCUGAAGUGAAGGCGAAGAUAGCGCAGGAGAAGGGUGAGAGCGAGUAUCCGGUAGAAUGCCAAAAGCUCAUCUAUAAUGGAAAAGUGCUUGAUGAUGCGCAAACGGUUGAGGAGGUGAAAAUUGAUACGGCCAAAUUCGUGGUCAUCAUGAUCACCAGGCAACCGGCGGCCACAGACGCGAACACCGCAACCGCUGCAACCGAAAGUGCUCCAGCAGCAGCAGCAGCGCAGAAUCCAGAGCUUACUGCGGAACAGGAAGAAACGGUACAGGCAAUCGUUGCGAUGGGUUAUCCUCGCGAUAGAGUGAUCAGAGCGCUUCGUGCAUCCUUCUUCAACGGCGAUCGUGCUGUUGAGUACCUGUGUUCAGGUAUACCGGAAGACGAGGGCUUUGAAGGUUCGUUGUUCUGUUUGUAA